UUUUGGGAAUAUAUAUCUUUGGUUUUGAAGCACGUGCUGGAGGUAUAGUAACCUUGCAAAAUCUGUAUAAUAAAAUUCUUUUAUGCCUUGUUUUUUUAACAUGUAUAAAUGAUUAUAUAUUUCAUUUACAUAAUUAUAUAGUAUCAUAUGUAAUAUAUAAAUAUAUACAUAUAUAUCUAAGGUUCUGCUGCUAACCAAAGUAUAAAAUAUAUUUAUUAUUGAUAUCCAAAUUAGCAUUGUAAUCGUUCCUAAUCUGUGCCGGACGGACAAAAACAAUAUAAAUUUUUAUUCUUCUAACAUUGAAACAAUUCAAUUAAGAUAUCGUGCUGUAACUCUAGUUAAACAUCGUGCAGCACAUGCAGGUGGACAGUAUGGAAUACAUUUCGGUGGACAAGGUCCGCACGGCACUGGUGGCGUACAUAUCGUAAUUUUACACGGUGGUGGGCAUGCUACACAAAUUGGUGGAACACAUGGGUAAGGUACACACGACGGACAAGAGGGUAACUGGUACUGGAUGCAGGAUGCAGGAGGCGGAUAGCAAGAUGGUGUGCAACAUGAUAAUGGACUUCCUCCACAAGACAUUGUUUUCCUUUUUUAUUCCUUUUUUGUUGUAUAUUAUUUUUUAUGAUGUCAUAUACAUGAAAUUUUGAUAAUACCACUUAUACGAAAUAGCUGAUAAUUGAAAUUUAUGCGAAGAUAUUAUUCAUUUAUUAUGUUUUGAAGACAUAUUCAGACGAUGUAGUCGUUUUUUUUUAAAUAAAUCAUUCCAGUGUUAUAAAACGAAAAAUAAAUUAAAUAGAGUGGAAAUAUGCUAAAAAUAUAAUGAAUAUGUAACAAAAUUCAUAUUCUUCAAUUUUUAUAAAACUUGGAUAAAAUCAAAAUUUUUGUUUUUAAUUAUUUGAACAUAAUUACCAUUAGAAAUGCCUUGUGACGGAAAAAAUCCUAAUUGUGAUAGAAGACGAGAAUUAUUAGCGCAACUAAAAUGUUUGAUUAGUUCUAUGGAAAGAAAGUAAGAAAAUGUUGAAACUAAAUUACGAACAUGAAUAAAAUUGUAAUUUGUUCAUUAUAGAAAAGCAUGUGAAUGGGAUGAGCCACCUUGCCCACCUCCUGUUAUUUGUUCUUCACCUUGUGCACCUAUUUCUGAUUGUGUAAGUACGAAUCGAUUUAAAAAUGCGUAAUGUACAGUAGGGAAGAAACCUGACUCAAUAAUUACAGCUUUUGUAUAAAUCAUUUAUUGUCAUAAAAAGUAAAGGAUAUGAAAAAUAAACAUAAUAUAUACAGUUAUCAUGAUUAAAGGAAACGUAAGAAAUUUUUUACAAUAUAAAUUUUUUUUAUUUCUAACAAAAGAAUCGAUUGAGUCAGUUUUGCUGAUAGAAACCAAUAAUACAUACAGUAUAUGUGCACAUACAUACAUAUACAAUGAAUACACAUGUACAGUACAUAUACUAAGUUUCAUUAAAAUUUGAAGAUACUUUCUUGAAUAUGGUUUUCUCUUUAUUUUAAAGUGGAGAUUAAAAUCUUUAGUUAAUAUUUUAGUAUCAGUACAGAAAGUGUAUUGUUUCAAAAUAGAAUAAUACUAAAAAUAAUUUUAACUAAAUUUGGGAAAAAAUAUCUUCUAUCAUUUUAUAUUUUUUAAUACAUCAAUUUAUAUAUGGAGCUAAAUUUUAAUUAUUAAAUUUCAGAUUCCAGUUAAACAAUGUAAAAGUUUUGAUUUUCGAGCAGGUAUUAUAUAUAGAUGUGAAUGUAUCAAAAGGAAUGGUUUACAAGAUAGAUGUAUGGUGUGGGAUUGUAUGGGUAGACCAGAAUGUAUGACAAAGUUAUAUCCCGUUUGUAUGCCAGGGCGCAACGCGUUGUUGAAAUUAACAGAAUUGGGAGAUAUGGAAGUUGCACUAAGGAAAUUUUAUUGUGCUGAUCAAGCAAGGGAAGCUGCUCUGGCUGCAUAUUGUAGAUUGGUAUGCUGCAAUGGUGCAGAAAAAUCUUGCUGUACAAAUGUAAAGGCAAUAUGUUCAAGCAAUACGAAGUGUAAGCCUGUAUGUAUCGAACUACCACCCUGUCAACCCUGUCAACCAUGCAGUAUUACUCCUUGUAUAGCACCUUGUACUUCUUACAACAUUUGUGUACCAUGUCCACCACCAUGUUCACCACCAUGUUUACCACCAUGCCCACCACCAUGCCCACCACCAUGCCCACCACCAUGCCCACCACCAUGCCCACCACCAUGCACACCACUAUGUCCACCACCAUGUCUACCAUCAUGCCCACCACCAUGUCCAUCACCAUGCCUACCACCAUGCCCACCACCAUGCCCACCACCAUGCCCACCAUGCUGCCCCCCACAGUGUCCACCAUGUCCACCAUGUCCAUCAUUGUGUUCGCCAUGUCCACCAUGUCUGCCAUGCCCACCAUGCCAGCCAUGUCCACCAUGCCCGCCAUGUCCACCUUGUCCGCCACUGUGUUCGCCAUGUCCACCUUGUCCGCCACUGUGUUCGCCUUGUCCCCCGUGUCCACCAUGCCUACCACGUUCACCAUGUCAACCAUGUCCAUUACCAUGCUUACCGCGUGUAUCACUAUGUUUACCGUCAUGCCCUCCACCAUGUCCACCACCAUGUCCACCACCAUGUCCACCACCAUGUCCUCCGCCAUGUCCUCCACCAUGUCCACCAUGCUGUUCCUCACCUUGUCCACCAAUGUGUCUAUCAAUGUGUCCAUCACCAUGUCUACCACUGUGUCCAUUACCAUGUUAA